GGAAAAGAAAAGAGAAGAGAGUGGUUUCGUUUGACCUAAAUACCCUCUGUUGGUGCUUGGUUGAAGGUAUGGAUUUCCCAUGAGGACCCUCUAAUUCCCAAUCUUCCUCUCUUCUCCUUACCCUUCUUCUCCUAAUUCCGAUUUUCUCCACUUCCCCGCCAUUUUUUCAAAUUCCCGUUUCUUCUUCCUUUUCGAUCAACCCCUUUCCGUUCCCAACUAGGGUUCCGCUUUUUUUCUUCCAAGCUUCAAUCUUUCAGCUGGCGUUCUUUCCGCAAAUUCUCAUUGUCGUUAUAUAUAGUGAUUAAUGUCUUCAAUGACUAAUCAUGAUUUGAUAAUUGGCCAGAGUCAUAAUUUGGCACUUGGCCAUAACCAGCAACUGGUGCUGAACCACAAUCAUAGUUUGGGCCUCAGUGGGAAUCAUGAUUUGGACUUGGGACAAACUGAUGAUCAGCAUUUGGGUCUGGGACAAACUCACGACCAUGAACUGGGCUUAGGAAUUGCCAAUGACCAUGACUUGGGCUUGGGACUGAACCAUGAUGAUGAAGAUGAUGUUCACAGGUAUGGGCAUGAGGAUGAGCUAUCCAUUGAUCAAAAACCAGAGCAUGGUGGCCAUGAGAUGCCCAUUCCCACACAAAAUCAUGAGUUGACCAUAACAGAGAACAAUGAGUUGUCUGUUUCAGAAAAUCAGGAAUUUGAUGAGAACAUGGCGAUGACUAUGGUCCACAACCCAGAAAUGAGCAUUGAAUCUGCUGAAGAAAUGGGUGUUCACGAUUCCGAGCUUAUGGUUGCCACAUCCCCUGUAAUUCAGGCUCGUACAAUGGCCAUAAGUCCUAAUUAUGAAUUGUCAGUGGGACAAGAAUUCCCUGAUGUUAAGAGUUGCCGAAGGGCAUUAAGGGAUACAGCAAUCGCUCUGCAUUUUGAGAUGCAGACUAUAAAAUCUGACAAGACUCGCUUCACUGCUAAAUGUCGAAGUGAAGGAUGUCCCUGGCGCAUUCACGCAGCAAAACUCCCUGGUGUUCCAACUUUUACUAUUAGGACAAUCCAUGAGAAUCAUACAUGUGGAGGAAUUUCACACCUUGGCCAUCAACAAGCCUCUGUUCAAUGGGUUGCUACUUCUGUGGAGCAAAGGCUGAGGGAGAACCCUAAUUGCAAGCCAAAGGAGAUAUUGGAAGAGAUUCAUAGGGUUCAUGGCAUCACACUGUCAUACAAGCAAGCUUGGAGAGGCAAGGAGCGUAUCAUGGCUGCAAUGCGUGGAUCUUUUGAAGAGGGAUACCGCUUGCUUCCACAAUACUGUGAACAGGUGAAACGCACAAAUCCAGGCAGUAUUGCAUCUGUUUAUGGAAAUCCAACUGAUAAUUGCUUCCAACGCCUAUUCAUAUCCUUUCAAGCGUCAAUAUAUGGUUUUUUAAAUGCUUGUCGACCACUUUUGGAGCUUGAUAGAACAUAUUUAAAGAGCAAGUAUCUUGGUACAUUACUUCUAGCCACCGGAUUUGAUGGUGAUGGAGCUCUCUUUCCUCUGGCCUUCGGUGUUGUUGAUGAGGAGAGUGAUGAUAAUUGGAUGUGGUUUCUGUCAGAACUUCAUAACCUGAUGGAGACAAACACUGAAAACAUGCCUAGGCUUACAAUUUUGUCCGACAGGCAGAAGGGAAUUGUAGAUGGUGUGGAAGCAAAUUUUCCCACUGCCUUCCAUGGAUUUUGUAUGCGUCACUUGAGUGACAGCUUUCGCAAGGAGUUUAACAACACAAUACUCGUUGAUCUUCUAUGGGAAGCAGCUCAAGUUCUCACCAUACUUGAAUUUGAAGCAAAAGUUUUAGAGAUUGAAGAAAUAUCACAAGAUGCUGCGUACUGGAUUCGAAGAAUUCCACCUCAUUUGUGGGCCACUGCAUACUUUGAGGGGCAAAGCUUCUUUCAUUUUUCAGCAAACAUAGUUGAAUCUUUAAACACAUGGAUAUUAGAGGCAUCUGGGCUUCCAAUAAUUCAAAUGAUGGAAUGCAUAAGAAGACAGCUAAUGACUUGGUUCAACGAGCGGCGUGAGACCAGCAUGCAGUGGACAUCAAUACUUGUACCUUCAGCUGAGAGAGUUGUCACAGAAGCUCUUGAUCGUGCGAGGACACACCAGGUACUUCGUGCCACUGAUGCUGAAUUUGAGGUUAUAUCACAUGAAGGAACAAACACUGUUGAUAUUAGGACCCGUUGUUGUCAAUGUCGUGGGUGGCAGCUCUAUGGUUUGCCUUGUGCACAUGCUGUAGCUGCUCUUCUCUCUAUCAGGCAGAAUGUGCAGAGAUUCACAGAAAGCUGUUUUACUGUUGCAAACUACAGAAAGACAUACUCACAGACCAUACACCCAAUUCCUGAUAAAUCUCUGUGGAAGGAGUUUUCUGAGGCUGAGGGGGUUGUCACUGUUUCUGAUGUUGAUCAACUUCAACUUCAACUUACUAUUAACCCUCCUAAGUCACUCCGGCCACCGGGGAGACCCAGAAAGAAACGGGUUCGGGCAGAAGACCGUGGCCGCGUAAAACGGGUUGUGCAUUGUAGUCGUUGCAAUCAAACGGGUCACUUUAGAACCACCUGUGCAGCUCCCAUCUGAGUCUCCUCCUACACCUUAGUUUUUCAUUAUUUAUUAUUUAGGUUUUUUAGCUUAGACCCUCCUCCAAAUUUUCUUUUUUUUAUUUCCUUUACAUUAAUGUGAAUCAAUAUGUUUCAGCUGUUGUGUAUCUAUAGUCAAUUAAUUUGCAUUGUUUCAGCAUGCAUACAAUACUUCAAUUCAUCCCUGUUUAAACCUAAAGUUGUUAACUUGACUCGAAGAUUGUAUAGAAACGAGGGUAUUGGAGCCUCCUAGUUUGCUUGCUUCACCCAAACU